CAAACCAAAAGAGAAACUAUCUGUACAAUAGAAAUCAGUCUAUAUAGAUUUCUACACUCGGCCUGGGCGAAAUGGCACUGGAGGCUCCCUCGCCUGGUGGCGGCACUCCGCCUUCGACUUCGAGAGCUCCGUCAUCCUCUUCGUCGGCUGUAUCAUGCUUUCUGAUAAAUCCAAGAUCUGGAAGCGCGACGGCAACCUCCGUGUGCACAUCGUUAGCCGAAUUUGACAGAGAUCCAAUGCGCCGAUCAGAGCUUCCUCUUCCUAUUGUCGCCGUCGCCCCCGGCUCUCUCCUCAUCCUCAAUUGCGACGAGCAGAAUAUCCACGACGCCUUCGAAACCGCCGAAGCUCCUCUCUCUAAUUCCGACAUCAUCGGGUUCUGCUCACAGACUAGCGCGUACUGGCUGGGGUUGGACGUGACCAAGGCCAAAUUGGUCGGGCGGACGAAUUGGAGGAGGCAGGAGAAGAGCAAAUUGAAUGGCGACGAAUCGAAUGGCGGUUGUCGUAGGUGAUGUAGCUUUGGAAAGAAGAAUCAUAGAGGGAGGAAGCAUUGGUUUCACCCCUACCUUUUUCACACCUCGGAUCUUCUUAGCUUUGUUUGAUAUGGAGGAGGAGUUGAUGCUCUGUUGUUUUGGGUGAAGAUGGAGAGGCGAAGAAGAUUAGGGAGGGGAAGGAGCCACUCCUCUGCCUCUUUUUGUCUUUUUAUUAUUAUUUAAUUGAAAUAUAAUUAAGUUAAUGGU